AUGGGAAAGGAUCUAAUAAAGCACACAGUGUAUGGGGCUGAUGGGAAAGGAUCUAAUAAAGCACACAGUGUAGGGGCUGAUGGGAAAGGAUCUAAUAAAGCACACAGUGUAGGGGCUGAUGGGAAAGGAUCUAAUAAAGCACACAGUGUAGGGGCUGAUGGGAAAGGAUCUGAUAAAGCACACAGUGUAGGGGCUGAUGGGAAAGGAUCUGAUAAAGCACACAGUGUAGGGGCUGUUGGGAAAGGAUCUGAUAAAGCACACAGUGUAGGGGCUGUUGGGAAAGGAUCUAAUAAAGCACACAGUGUAGGGGAUGAUGGGAAAGGAUGUAAUAAAGCACACAGUGUAGGGGUGAUGGGAAAGGAUUGUAGGGGUGAUGGGAAAGGAUGUAAUGAAGCACACAGUGUAGGGGGUGAUGGGAAAGGAGGGGCUGAUAGGAAAGAAUGUAAUGAAGCACACAGUGUAGGGGGUGAUGGGAAAGGAUGUAAUGAAGCACACAGUGUAGGGGGUGAUGGGAAAGGAGGGGCUGAUAGGAAAGGAUGUAAUGAAGCACACAGUGUAGGGGGUGAUGGGAAAGGAUGUAAUAAAGCACACAGUGUAGGGGCUGAUGGGAAAGGAUGUAAUGAAGCACAAAGUGUAGGGGCUGAUGGGAAAGGAUGUAAUGAAGCACACAGUGUAGGGGCUGAUGGGAAAGGAUGUAAUGAAGCACACAGUGUAGGGGCUGAUGGGAAAGGAUGUAAUGAAGCACACAGUGUAGGGGCUGAUGGGAAAGGAUGUAAUGAAGCACACAGUGUAGGUGCUGAUGGGAAAGGAUCUAAUGAAGCACACAGUGUAGGUGCUGACGGGAAAGGAUCUAAUAAAGCACACAGUGUAGGGGCCGACGAGAAAGGAUCUAAUAAAGCACACAGUGUAGGGGCCGAUGGGAAAGGAUCUAAUAAAGCACACAGUGUAGGGGCCGAUGGGAAAGGAUCUAAUAAAGCACACAGUGUAGGGGCCGAUGGGAAAGGAUCUAAUAAAGCACACAGUGUAGGGGCCGAUGGGAAAGGAUCUAAUAAAGCACACAGUGUAGGGGCUGACGGGAAAGGAAGUAAUAAAGCACACAGUGUAGGGGCUGACGGGAAAGGAUCUAAUAAAGCACACAGUGUAGGGGGUGACGGGAAAGGAUCUAAUAAAGCACACAGUGUAGGGGCUGACGGGAAAGGAUCUAAUAAAGCACACAGUGUAGGGGGUGACGGGAAAGGAAGUAAUAAAGCACACAGUGUAGGGGGUGAUGGGAAAGGAUCUAAUAAAGCACACAGUGUAGGGGCUGAUGGGAAAGGAUGUAAUAAAGCACACAGUGGAGGGGCUGAUGGGAAAGGAUCUAAUAAAGCACACAGUGUAGGGGCUGAUGGGAAAGGAUCUAAUAAAGCACACAGUGUAGGGGCUAAUGGGAAAGGAUCUAAUAAAGCACACAGUGUAGGGGGUGACGGGAAAGGAUCUAAUAAAGCACACAGUGUAGGGGGUGACGGGAAAGGAUCUAAUAAAGCACACAGUGUAGGGGGUGACGGGAAAGGAAGUAAUAAAGCACACAGUGUAAGGGGUGACGGGAAAGGAAGUAAUAAAGCACACAGUGUAGGGGGUGACGGGAAAGGAAGUAAUAAAGCACACAGUGUAGGGGAUGAUGGGAAAGGAUGUAAUAAAGCACACAGUGUAGGGGGUGAUGGGAAAGGAUCUAAUAAUGCAAACAGUGUAGGGGGUGAUGGGAAAGGAUGUAAUAAAGCACACAGUGUAGUGGGUGACGGGAAAGGAAGUAAUAAAGCACACAGUGUAGGGGGUGACGGGAAAGGAUCUAAUAAAGCACACAGUGUAGGGGGUGAUGGGAAAGGAGGGGCUGAUAGGAAAGGAUGUAAUAAAGCACACAGUGUAGGGGAUGAUGGGAAAGGAUGUAAUAAAGCACACAGUGUAGGGGGUGAUGGGGAAAGGAUCUAA